AUGUCGGAAGUUAGUCUUGAGGCUGAAUCGGGGAAGACCUCCGCAGGGGAUCCUCAGAUGAGUAGUGAGGAGGAGGUCAAAGCAGAUCAGAGCGUUAGUGAGGAUAAUGCAGACAGCGACGGUGCUAGUGCAGAGGACACAACCGGUGAGCUUUAUGAAGUGGAUAUAGACAGUGGAGAAGAGACAGAAGACGGGAAAACAUUGAAAAAAGAAGAUGGCACUCACACUGAGAGCAGAGUAGACAAUAAAGAGGAUGGUGAACAUAUUACAGACAGCAGAAAGGGCACAGAAACGCCAGGAUUGCCAGAGAAGGGUGGAGAUGCGCGGGCGGAAACCAAGAAGGCUCAGGAAAGCACCAUGGCUGAGGAUGCACUCAGGAGCUCAGCUGCAGAGAUCCCAGUCACCACCAACGGAGACCUGGACCAGAGCCCUGACCAGGUCUUCCAGAGGGACUCUUAUUCUGGAAGCCCUGGGGCUCUGAACCUAUCAGAAUCCUGUGUGUCCCCAAACAGCUUCUCUUCAAUAGCAGAGGGUGUGGGUGAACCGGGACCAUUCACAGGGUCAGCCAGCCUGCCCUCGUCACCUGUGACACCUGUAGCUCCCAGCUCGGCGGUUGCUAGCCGGCUGGCUCGCUCCUCCAGCUGUAGUCAGGCUGAGAAAGGUCAAAUGAAGGGAGAGGCCCAGAGUGGAGCACUGGUGCUCUCCGACGACCUCAAAAGCCCAGCAAUGGAAAAACUGGAUCUUGUUCGAAAGUGGAGCAUCAACACCUACAAAUGCACUAGGCAGAUUCUGUCGGAGAAGCUGGGGAAAGGUUCCAAGACUGUGGAUCUGGAGCUGGAGGCGCAGAUCGAGAUUCUCCGGGACAACAAGAGGAAGUACCAGCACGUGAUCCGCUUGGCACAAACCCUGGUCGCACAGCUCACCCAGAUCAUGCAGACGCAGAAGCAGCUGGGCGACGCCUUCAGUGACCUCAGCCUCAAGUCGCCGGAGCUCCACGAGGAGUUUGGUUACAACGCUGAGACCCAAAAGCUUUUAUCCAAAAAUGGAGAGACACUUCUGGCAGCCAUCAACUUCUUCAUCUCCAGUGUGAACACUCUAGUGGACAAGACCAUAGAGGACACCAUGUUAAACAUCAAGCAGUAUGAGAUUGCCAGGGUGGAGUAUGACGCGUACCGUACAGACCUGGAGGAGUUGAACCUGGGGCCCCGUGAUGCCACCACCAUGCCCAAGAUUGAGAUGUCCCAGCAGCAAUUCCAAAUAUAUAGAGAGAAAUAUGAGAAGAUGAGGAACGAUGUUUCGGUCAAGCUCAAGUUUCUGGAAGAAAACAAGGUGAAAGUUUUGCACAAUCAGCUCAUCCUGUUCCACAACGCCAUCUCUGCGUACUACGCCGGGAACCAGGAGCAGCUGGAACAGACACUGAAGCAGUUCCACAUCAAGUUAAAAAUGCCCGGAGGAGACGGCCCAUCCUGUCGGAGCGGAUUACGCGUCCCGACCAGCCCUGACAUCCUCGGGGUAAGUGGAGGCGGGAGCGGGCUUCUCUGCACCAGCAUCUCGGCGUGUCUGCAUCAGGGAGGAGCCUUCAACCGCACUCUACAAAGGAUCUUCACUUUGUCCUGCUCCAGCACCACAGCGCACAUCAGAACACCGGAGGUAACCAUCAAAGGCCGAGCGCUGCACUGUGGACGCCCAACGGAGAGGAGGACAUGGGCUUAA